AUGCCUUCAUUCUGUCCCCCAUCCGAGAGCAGCUCCCCCGUGCCCACGCCUCUUUUCUCCGUCCCGUCCACGCCGGAAACCGAGCGAGAUGACUGCUUCGACGAGCCUUCGUUGGCGGCCGAGGAGGCCCAAUUCGUGCUCGUCACCGGCGGGCUGGGAUACAUUGGCAGCCACACGACGCUGGAGCUGCUCAAGGCCGGACACAACGUCCUCGUGGUGGAUGACCUGAGCAACAGCUUCCGCCAUGUCUUUGACCGGAUUCUGAUGGCCGCCCAACUGCAUUUCGAGCGUGUCGGCGGCCGGUGUCCCCGAGUGGAGCUGGCCUGUAUCAACUUCCGCGACGGGGCUGCCAUGGCCGCGCUGCUGGCUGCCCACGCGGUGCCCUCGCUCGAUCAUCCCCUGGGACGCUCCAACAUCACGGGGGUAAUCCACUUCGCGGCCUUCAAGGAGGUCCAUGACAGCCUGCGCAAUCCGCUCAAGUACUAUCAGAACAACAUCACGGGGCUGGUCGACCUGCUCGGGCUGUUGGACGAGCACGGCAUCAAGACCUUCAUCUUCUCCUCAUCGGCCAACGUGUAUGGCACCCUCGCCCGCGACUACGGGACCCUGCGCGAGGAGCACUGUGUCCAUCAGCCGGAGACGUACCGCGAUGCGAACGGACACGAGGUCGUGGCGGCGCAGGGCUGCACGGGGAUCACCAACCCGUACGGCCGGACCAAGUUCUUCGGGGAGGCCAUCCUGGCAGACGUGGCGGCGUCGGAUCCAGCCUGGACGAUCAUCGGGCUGCGAUACUUCAACCCGGUCGGCUGCGACCCCUCGGGCCUGCUGGGGGAGGAUCCCCGCGGGACACCAUCGAACCUGGUGCCGGUGGUGGUGCAGGUGCUGACGGGCCAGCUGGCCGAGCUGUCGGUGUACGGCAGCGACUGGGACACGCCCGAUGGCACGGCCAUCCGCGACUUCAUCCACGUCUCGGACGUGGCGCGCGGGCACACGGCCGCCCUGGCAGCCGCGCAGGAGCAGCGCGUGCGCGGUAACUUCCGCGCCUUCAACCUGGGCACCGGGAGCGGGCAUUCGGUGGCGCAGGUCGUGGCUGCGAUGGAGGGAGUCAGUCAACGGCUCAUCCCCCGGCGUCUGGCGGACCGACGCCCCGGCGAUGUCGAGUCCUGCGUCGCCAUGGCUGAUCGCGCGGCCGUCGAGCUGGGCUGGCGGGCGGAGAAGACCCUGCAGGAUGCGUGUCAGGAUCUGUGGCAUCACCUGCAUCUUAACGACACGACCGAGUUGUGUUUGUCUUGA